UAAAAUAGGGCAAAUGCUUUUCAGACUCCCACACUCGGGAAAAUAUACGCCACCCACUGACGUCUGACAGCAAAACCUAGGAGCGGGUGGGGAAACAGUCACCGUCCUUCUUCUUGUAUUAGUAGUCAGCUCUGCUGCCUUGUGAAAGUAAGCACAAAUGCCCCCAGACUGCCGCUGUCACGUCGGCCUGGACCUGCUCUCGUCUUCGGGCCUCCUUCGCUGAGAGAAUGAAAGGAUGGCGGAGCGGCGCUUCGCCGGGGACCACGAAGUGCUGACGGAUGCUGCGGCAGCAGCAGCAGCAGCAGCAGCAGCGACUCGCCGGGCUGAACGGAAGCACCAUGACGAGAUGAAUUCAUCGGAGAAUGCCGAGGACCUGUCUCUGGAAGAGAUACUGAGGCUCUACAGCCAGCCCAUCAAUGAGGAGCAGGCAUGGGCGGUGUGUUACCAGUGCUGCCAGACUCUGGCGAAAACCCACCGGGGUAAGGGGAGCCCCGCUGGCGCUGCUGCCACUGGAGCAUCCUCGACGGCGGCAGCUCCGCGGAGGAUAUCUGGACCGGGGGAUGUUAGGAUACAGAAAGACGGCUCGGUGAGAAUGGACCAGCGCGGCUGUGAAGGUAAAUACAGCCCUUCCACAACAACUGAGGUCAUUGAGUCUCUGGGCAUCAUGAUCUACAAGGCUCUGGACUUCGGUCUGAAGGAAAACGAGGAGAGGGAACUCAGUCCUCCGCUGGAGCAGCUCAUCGACCUCAUGACCAACUCAGCCGAGGCCGAGAAGGAGGCCUGCCUGGACGAAGGCUACGAGGCCACAGAGGAAGAGGACGAAACGGACGACAGCUGUGGCAGCAUCUGCAGCGUUCACAGCUACAGAGAUAUCCUGAAGCUGUGCACAGCCCAUCUUCCCAGUGUGUCGGACGCUCCGAGUCACUACCAGGCAGUGUGUCGAGCUCUGUACACCGAAACCAGGGAGCUGCGCACCUUUCUGGAGAAAAUCAAGAGUGCCAAAGAGAACCUCCGAAAGAUGGAGGAGACCUCAGAGGAGCCCGUCCGAGACCUCAAUGAGCUGCAGAACGCCGACUGGGCUCGAUUCUGGGUUCAGGUGAUGAGGGACCUGCGUGAAGGAGUGAAGCUGAAGAAGGUGCAGGAGCGUCAGUACAACCCUCUGCCAAUUGAGUACCAGCUCACUCCGUAUGAGAUGCUCAUGGACGACAUCAGGUCCAAACGCUACAAGCUGCGCAAAGUCAUGGUUAAUGGAGACAUCCCACCGAGGUUAAAGAAAAGCGCUCAUGAAGUCAUCCUGGAGUUCAUCAGGUCCAGACCGCCACUUAAUCCUGUGUCGGCUCGUAAGCUGAAGCCUCAGGCUCAGCCUCCUCCGACCCUUCAUGAGCGCAUCCUGGAGGAGAUCAAGGCUGAGAGGAAGCUUCGCCCGGUUUCACCCGACGAGAUCCGCAGAGGACGGCUGGGUUUUGGCAAAACUCGCAGUAUGCCUCAGGAUUUGUUCCGUACAGGAGUAGAUGAGUUCAGUCCGUACAUGGGCAGGAGGACAUCCAGUUCUCUGUCUCUGACCAAUGGGUCACGCUCUCCCAGAGCGGAGCCCUCCGGAUCUCAGUCCGUCCCUCAGAGGAAGAAACUCCUGAAGGCGCCCAGCCUGGCUGAGCUGGACAGCUCUGACUCUGAUGAUGAGUUGGUGGGGCGCACGUCGGCGAGCAACUCCAGCGUGGCAACGUCUUUGAUGGACGAUACGUCCCCAGAGUCUGCACUGGGAAAGAAAACCCCUCCCAUGUUCCUACCCAUCUCCUCCACACCUCAGCCAGAGAGGCGUCAGACGCCCCAGAGGAGACACUCCAUCGAGAAGGAAACGCCCACCAAUGUCCGACAGUUCCAGCCACCGUCCAAGCAGAACUCCAAGUCUCUGGAGGAGUUUUGUUUCCCCGUGGAGUGUCUGUCUCUGACGGUGGAGGAAGUGAUGCAUAUCAGACAGGUGUUGGUGAAAGCAGAGCUGGAGAAGUUCCAGCAGUACAAAGACAUCUACAACGCCAUGAAGAAGGGCAAGCUUUGCUUCUGCUGUCGAACCAAAAGGUUUUCCUUCUUCACCUGGUCCUAUACCUGCCAGUUCUGCAUAAAGCCUGUGUGCUCACAGUGCUGCAAAAAGAUGCGGCUUCCAUCUAAACCAUAUUCCAGUCUGCCUAUCUACUCCAUCGGAUCCACCAACACUCUGCCAAGAGACAGAAUAAGUGCCAUGGCUGCCGUAGGACAAGGCCUCUCUGUGGCCGGAGGGCCGGGGCCGUCGACGGCAGCGGGAGGGGCCACUUCCACCCCGACUUUGAAAGGAGCUACGAAGGCAGCAUCUAAAGGAGCUGGGAAAGCUACGGGAGCGGCUGCAGCUGCCAAGGCCGACAAGCCGUCAGGGAGCCAACAGCGCCACAGUAUCCACAAGACCAUGUCCAAGCUCUCGAAGCACGGCUCUCUGAAGUCUCACGAGGAACUGGAGCUGCCCCCAGAGUUAACGGAGGACUGGGCCACCAUGGAGGUGUGUGUGGACUGCAAGAAGUUCAUCUCUGACAUCAUUGCCUCCAGCAAGCAUAGCCUGUCGCUGGCCACCAAGAGGGCUCGCUUAAAACGCAAGACGCAGUCCUUCUACAUGUCGUCCCCUAAAGGGGCCGAGGGCUACAGGCCCUCGGAACGAACAAUCAACGAAAUCUAAAAGCGCUUGUGCUCACCCAGGUCGCAGAGAGCGGUCAGAACGACUAACAUGAACUUUUAGAGACAAAGUUUUCCUUUCCUCAUCAUGCACAGCAACUCCAGACAACUGCAUGUUGCAGGAACCGCCAGUCUCCUUCAGUUCUUUCCCCCGGCCCCUCACCAACAUCUGAGUUUUACUCUACUCUGCCCACAAGUGGUCGACGUAAAAACAACCUGAGUCUGAGUGGACUGACAUCUCACCACUGAUGGCACGAGAGGGCGGUCCUGGUCAACUCAGAUUCAUUUUAAAGCACAAACCAGAGGAGAGAUUCUCUUUUAAACAGAGAGAGAGAGAGACGCUCAAGAAAACACAGAAUAUAAAGCUGUAUAUUUUAUAUGGGUUAUAAUUUAGUUUUUUACAUGUGUGUUUGGGUGUAUGUGUGUUCUGUAAAGGAUCGCUUCCGAAAACAAACAAACAAACAAAAAUAAAUAAAGGAAAAGCCACGUUGUAUUUUAGGUUUCACUGAUGGACACAGCUCAGGGAGACGUAGCCUCACUGCUGCUGUCAGCCCACCUGAGAGCUUCGUUCUGCUUGUUUCUCUGGAGGAAAUGCAAGACUUUUCUGACAGAAUUAGAACCAGACAGAAACAAUGUUUUGUUUUAAAUAUUCAUUUGUGCCAAAUAAUACUU